AUGAGCCUGAAAAUACCAAAAUCACAGGGAAUAGACUUGUUUAAGCCAGGUGGCAAGCAGCUUUCUGGAAUAGAAGAUGCGGUAAUUAGAAAUAUUCAGGCAGUCAAUGAGCUAUCAGAGAUCGUUAGGACUUCAUUUGGACCAAAUGGAAAGAACAAGCUGAUAAUCAACCACCUCGACAGGCUAUUCGUUACAAACGACGCAGCUACGAUUGUCGAGGAAUUGGAAGUUGUUCACCCAGCAGCGAAAUUAAUCGUGAUGGCAUCUCACCAGCAGGAGCAGGAGGUCGGCGAUGGAUCAAACCUGGUACUCAUCUUAGCAGGUGAAUUACUCAAGAAAGCUGAGAAUUUAUUGAUAAUGGGAUUGCAUCCUUCUGAGAUUGUUCAGGGAUACGAGUUGGCUAGAAAUAAAGCACUUGAAUCCCUCUCAGAUCUCUCAAAUGGAAACCUGGCUCUCCCACCCACAAAGCAAUCCUUAGCAACCUCCAUAAAGACUUCCCUUGGCUCGAAACAAUUCGGUAACGAAGACUUCCUCGCUGAUUUGGUCUCAGAUGCUGUCUCAACCGUCAUGCCCAAAGAUUUCUCCCAAUUCAAUAUCGAUAACGUUAGAGUCGUUAAGAUUAUGGGCGGUAACCUCUACGAAUCACGCGUUCUUAGAGGUAUGGUCUUUGGUAGACAGCCAGAAGGCGUUGCACGCAACGCAACCAAAGCAAAGGUCGCCGUUUUCACGUCAGGCAUUGACAUAUCUCAAACCGAGACUAAGGGCACCGUUCUCCUCAAGAACGCUGAUGAAAUGAUGAACUUUACAAGAGGCGAAGAGCAACAAAUUGAAAAGGUCUUGAAGGAAAUCGCUGACUCUGGCGUCAAAGUUGUCGUUGCUGGCUCUCAAGUUGGUGAUCUCGCCUUACACUACUUGAACAGACUUGAUAUCGUCGUUAUCAAGGUUCUCUCCAAAUUUGAGCUCAGAAGACUAUGUAGAGUCGUCGGUGCUACCCCAUUAGCUAGACUUGGCGCUCCUACCGCUGAAGAAGCUGGUUAUGUUGAUGUUUUGGAAACUACUGAAAUCGGUGGGGAUAGAGUUACCGUCUUUAGACAGGACAAUGAUCAACUCACUCGCACUUCAACUAUCGUCUUGCGUGGUGCUACUGCUAAUCACCUCGACGAUAUUGAGAGGGCUAUUGACGAUGGUGUCAACAUUAUCAAAACCUUACUCACUAAGGAUAACAGAUUCAUUGCUGGUGCUGGUGGCUCUGAGAUGGAAUUAUCCAAGAUCAUCGAAGAUUUUGGUGAUAAAACUCCCGGCCUCAACCAACACGCUAUCAAGAAAUUCGCUGAAGCACUCCAGAUUGUUCCAAUCACCUUGUCUGACAACGCAGGUCUCAACUCAACUGAAAUUUUAGCCAAGCUUCUCUCGGCUCACUCAACAGAUAAAGGUAGAGAUUUUGGUAUUGACAUUGAUGCUGUAUCUGAUGAAGGUAUAAUAAACACACUCCAACACGGUAUAAAGGACAGUUUGGCUUCCAAGUGGUGGUCAAUCAAGUAUGCCGUUGAAUCUGCUAUCGCUGUACUUAGAGUGGACAGUAUCAUCAUGUCGAAAGCUGCUGGUUUGGCUCCACCUCAACAACAAGGACACUGGGAUGAUGAUUAG